AUCGGUUACGAACCGCUCACAAAGCCGCUCUCGAGGCGUGGUUGUUUCAUGGACCGAGAUCAUCGAUCCACGUCGUCAGGGCGCCUGGUCACGAUGGAGCCGUAAACGCAUCGGUCGAGACCUUCCUGUGCUUUUGGUGUGUCUGUGCCGCUGGUUGCCAUGGCGCUGCACCGAGGUCAUUCCAUCAAUGCCGACAGUGAAGAAGAGGAGGAAACCGCAGCCCUCCUGAAGAGUCCGCUUAAUGAGGAAUCAGCGCUGCCCCUGCGCUGCUGCUCUGUGCGCUGCAACCUGGCUGUGCUCAUGUUCCUGGGCUUUGCUGUGGUCUACGGGCUGCGGGUGAAUCUGAGCGUCGCCAUGGUUGCCAUGGUCAAUGGCACCGAUGCCGAGCCAAGCGGCAACAGGUCCUCGGCAGAUCAGUGUCCCCACAUCGGCCCCAGUGUGAACCGCAGCAUCGACCCGGAGCAGUCGGACGGGGCUCCCCGUUACCCGUGGGAUUCAGCCACCCAGGGCUUCUUGCAGGGGGCGUUCUUCUUCGGCUACCUGUUAACCCAGAUCCCGGGGGGUUACCUGGCCGGGCACCUUGGCGGGCGGUUGUUCUUGGGUGGGGGGGUGCUGGGCACAGCGGCGCUCACCCUCCUUACCCCGCUGGCCGCUAAGCUUGGGGUUCCCUGGCUCUUUGCCCUUCGUGCCCUUGAGGGCUUCGGGGAGGGUGUGACGUUUCCUGCGAUGAUGGCGAUGUGGGCUCGUUGGGCUCCGCCCCUCGAGAGGUCCCGUCUCAUAAGCUUCUCAGGGGCGGGGUCUAAUUUUGGCGCCUUUGUGGCCCUACCCCUUACCGGCUUCAUCUGCCACACGCUCGGGUGGCCAGCGGUCUUCUACUGCUGUGGGGCUGCCGGCUGUCUGUGGUCGGUGUUCUGGUUCCUCCUGGUGUCAGACGAGCCCCGGUCUCAUCCGCGGAUUAGCGUCCAAGAGCGGGAUUACAUCACCGGCUCCAUCGGUUCGCAGGGCCGGGCCCACGGCUGGUCGUUGCCCCUGCUGCCCAUGCUGCUCUCCGUGCCCCUGUGGGCAAUCAUCAUCUCACAGAUGUGCUCCAACUGGAGCUACUACACCCUGCUGACCUCGCUGCCCACCUACAUGGACUCCGUGCUGCACUUUGACCUGCGCCAGAACGGCUUCCUCUCCGCCUUGCCCUACCUUGGUGGCUGGCUCUUCUCCGUCGGCUCUGGCGUGGUGGCCGACUGCAUCCUGGAGAGGGAGCUGCUGAGCAUCACAGCCGUCCGCAAGAUCUUUACCCUCACAGGGCUCCUCCUCCCUGCCGCGUUCCUCGCUGCCGUGGGCUUCGUGGGCUGCAGAGAGUGGCUCGCCGUGACCUUCCUCACGCUGUCCACCAGCCUGGGGGGCACCAGCUCCGCCGGAGUCUUCAUCAACCAGAUUGACAUCGCGCCUCGGUAUGCCGGCGUACUGCUGGGAAUCACAAACACGUUUGGCACCGUGCCCGGCGUCGUCGCACCCAUUGCCGUCGGCUACUUCACUAAAGACCCACAGCGCCCUCUAGCGGGCUGGAGGAAUGUAUUCAUCGUGUCGGCCAUAGUGAGUGCAGCCGGCGCUCUCGUCUUCACCCUUUUCGGCUCAGGGAAGGUACAGAGCUGGGCGCUGGAGGAGGACGAGGCUGACGCAAAGACGGACGGUCCAACGGUGGACUCGCCCUCGGUGACCCCCUAGAGGAGCUGGACACACACUGCCAAAUGGAGUCCCUACCGUUUCCAUGUAUUAGUUUAGUCGAUGCCUUUCUCCAAAGCGACUUCCCAUUAUUUACCCAUUUAUCCAGCAGUAUAAUUUUAGUGGAGCAAUUUAGGGUAAGUACUUUGCUCAAGGGUACUACAGCUGGAGGAGGGGAUCGAACCCCUGAUCUUUGGAUCCUAAGGCAGCAGCUCUAACCACUACGCUACCAGCUGUCCCAGGACUUCCACGGAAAUCUCAUCUCCAGUCCUAGCAGGUUAUUUCAGGAAGGUACAUUCCAGCAGCGAACAGCCAACACGAGCUUCCAGCAGCGAUGGUCACAGCCACCUUUCCGUGUCAGUGUCAUCGUAACGGUGCCACUUGUGUCACUUUUUGUCAGUGCCUCAGAGCAGAAGUGCCUAAAAUUUGGGGUUGCCAGCAAUGACUUAAAAAAAAAAAAAUGUAGAACAGCACAAAAAG